UGGUGGCAAGCCUCGGCCAUUGCAGGAGCACCUCACAAAUCACAAUCAAUCCACAAACAAAACCCCGCUCUCCUCCCUAAAUUCCCAAUUUUUAUUUUUAUCACGGAGGACUGUGGUGGCAAGCGCAUGUCUUUCAUUUUCUUUACAUUCCUCGGGAAUUCGCUCUUGGGAUUUAGCUUUUCCAGCUGAAGAUCCCAAAUCCUGUUUGGCUCCCGAGAAAGGUUAGGAAUGAGAGAAAGAAAGGUGACGACUUCGAAUCGUCGUUCUGGGUUUUCUUCAUACUUCAAUUCCAGACAAGGGUAUGUUCUAAUUCGCGGAUAUUUGACUCGCUUGACGUGAGUUGUGCUUCACAGAAAAUUUCUUAUAUUUUCCUUUUCGCUUUCUUUGAUUUUGUUGGCAACCAAACGGAGUGGAAACUGGGUUUUCUCGGUUGAGAAGUUUUGAGAUUCGGCUGAAGAAAAUGGCCUCUGCUCAGGGGAUUGCUUCGCUCAGCCGGUUGUGUUUUGCGGUUAAACGGCACCGUUUUAUCGGUCUCCAGGGUUCUUCGGCUCAAUCUUGCGCUAGGGGUUUUCCCAUAUUCUGCAAACAACAAAACCCCAGCUUGGUCAUUGCGAGAUCGAGCCAAGUUCGAGACUUUAGGGUUUUCAAUUCGGUUCAAUUGGACCAGUUCGUGACCAGCGACGACGAGGGCGAAAUGGGUGAAGGUUUCUUUGAGGCAAUUGAGGAAUUGGAGCGGAUGGCAAGAGAGCCGUCCGAUGUUCUUGAGGAAAUGAACGACCGGUUAUCGGCCAGAGAGUUGCAGCUUGUGUUGGUGUACUUUUCUCAGGAGGGUAGGGACUCAUGGUGUGCCCUUGAGGUGUUUGAGUGGCUCCGAAAGGAGAAUCGGGUCGAUAAGGAGACGAUGGAGCUCAUGGUUUCGAUAAUGUGUAGUUGGGUCAAGAAGUUGAUUGAGGGGGAGCAUGGCAUUGGGGAUGUGGUGGACCUUCUUGUGGAAUCGGAUUGUGUGGGUUUGAAGGCGAGUUUUAGCAUGAUGGAGAAGGUGAUAUCUUUGUACUGGGAGAUGGGUGAGAAGGAAAAGGCGGUUUUCUUUGUGAAAGAGGUGUUGAAGCGCGGAAUUGUUUAUUCGGCGGAAGACGAUGCAGAUGGGCAUAAAGGAGGGCCGACUGGCUAUCUUGCUUGGAAGAUGAUGGUUGAGGGUAACUACAGGGAUUCAGUGAAGUUGGUGAUUCAUCUAAGAGAAUCUGGGCUGAAGCCAGAGGUCUACAGUUACCUCAUUGCAAUGACAGCUGUGGUCAAGGAAUUAAAUGAACUUGCGAAAGCUUUGCGGAAGUUGAAAGGUUUUGCGAGGGCUGGACUGGUAGCUGAAUUUGAUACAAAUAAUGUUGGCCUUAUUGAGAAGUAUCAGUCAGAUCUUAUAGCUGAUGGAGUACAACUGUCCAAUUGGGUGAUUGAGGAGGGAAGCUCUUUACUCCAUGGGGUGGUUCAUGAGAGGCUCCUGGCUAUGUAUAUCUGCUCUGGAUGUGGCCUUGAGGCCGAGAGGCAGUUGUGGGAAAUGAAACUUGUUGGUAAAGAGGCGGAUGCUGACCUCUAUGACAUAGUUUUAGCCAUCUGUGCUUCCCAAAAGGAGGCCAAUGCCAUCAGACGGUUGCUUACUAGAACAGAUGUUUCCAGCUCUCUGGGUAAAAAGAAAAGCCUAUCGUGGUUGCUAAGAGGUUACAUUAAAGGGGGACAUUUUGAUGAUGCUGCAGAAACAGUAAUAAAAAUGCUUGAUUUGGGUUUGCACCCGGAGUUUUUGGAUAGGGCAGCUGUGCUGCAGGGACUACAGAAAAGGAUCCAACAAUCUGGCGGUGUAGAUACUUACCUUAAACUUUGCAAGCGCCUCUCAGAUGCCAAUUUGAUUGGGCCGUCUCUUCUUUAUCUGUUUAUAAAGAAAUCUAAGCUAUGGAUCAUAAAAACUCUUUAAAGGACAUUGGCAACAAGUUACGAGAAUCCAAGUAUAGUUUUGUUUGUGAACAUUUUGUAGCACCGGGACUUUAAUUCCUGGUGCAUUCUACAUGAUAGUUUUGUAUAGUUAUGGGUGGGUAUGAGAUUUGGUCGUAAUUUGGCAUGGCCGAAUCAUGGAGGCAGGUUAACUGUGAUGUCCAAAAAGUUCUCUUGGUGAUCUUCGUAUAAAUACUACAGGUAUGUUUUGCCGGUU